AAAGCCAAACUUCUGGACAGGCGCGUAGCAGCUAAAUCAGUGAUGAAUUAAAUGUUUUUGUGAAAUAUUCGUCUUGUUUGUUGAAGUAAACAUGGCAGCUAAACGUAAACCUGACACGGUUGUUCCCGCGGAGGAAAGUGACCAACUGCUCAUCCGCCCGCUAGGAGCAGGACAAGAGGUGGGACGAUCCUGCAUCAUCCUGGAGUUCAAGGGACGGAAGAUCAUGCUGGACUGUGGGAUCCAUCCUGGUCUUGAGGGAAUGGACGCUCUUCCCUACAUCGACCUGAUUGAUCCGGCUGAGAUUGACCUGCUGCUCAUCAGCCACUUCCACCUGGACCACUGUGGCGCUCUGCCCUGGUUCCUGCAGAAGACCAGUUUUAAAGGACGAACCUUCAUGACUCACGCCACCAAGGCCAUCUACCGCUGGCUGCUGUCCGACUACGUCAAAGUCAGUAACAUCUCAGCGGACGACAUGCUGUACACUGAGUCGGACCUGGAGGAGAGCAUGGAGAAGAUCGAGACCAUCAACUUCCACGAGGUGAAGGAAGUGGCUGGCAUCAAAUUCUGGUGUUACCACGCCGGACACGUCCUCGGAGCCGCCAUGUUCAUGAUCGAGAUCGCCGGCGUCAAGUUGUUGUACACAGGAGAUUUCUCCCGUCAGGAGGACAGACAUCUGAUGGCAGCCGAGAUCCCCAGUGUCAAACCAGACAUCCUCAUCACAGAGUCGACGUACGGGACUCACAUCCACGAGAAGCGAGAGGAGAGAGAGGCUCGUUUCUGCAACACCGUCCACGACAUCGUGAACAGGGAGGGGCGAUGUCUGAUCCCCGUCUUCGCUCUGGGACGAGCCCAGGAGCUGCUGCUCAUCCUGGACGAGUACUGGCAGAACCACCCGGAGCUCCACGACAUCCCCAUCUACUACGCUUCGUCUCUGGCCAGGAAGUGCAUGGCUGUGUACCAGACCUACAUCAACGCCAUGAACGACAAGAUCCGCAAGGCCAUCAACAUCAACAACCCCUUCGUCUUUAAACACAUCAGCAACCUGAAGAGCAUGGAUCACUUUGACGACAUCGGCCCCAGCGUGGUGAUGGCGUCUCCCGGUAUGAUGCAGAGCGGCUUGUCCAGAGAGCUGUUUGAGAGCUGGUGCACUGACAAGAGGAACGGCGUCAUCAUCGCUGGAUACUGCGUGGAGGGAACACUCGCCAAGCACAUCAUGACGGAGCCAGAUGAGAUCGCCACCAUGUCGGGUCAGAAGCUUCCCCUGAAGAUGUCAGUGGACUACAUCUCCUUCUCUGCUCACACCGACUACCAGCAGACCAGCGAGUUCAUCAGAGCGCUCAAACCCCCUCACGUGAUUCUGGUCCAUGGCGAGCAGAACGAGAUGGCCCGUCUGAAGGCGGCUCUGAUCCGCGAGUACGAAGACAACGACGAGGUUCACAUCGAAGUCCACAACCCGCGAAACACAGAGGCCGUGACGCUGAACUUCAGAGGAGAGAAACUGGCCAAGGUGAUGGGCUCUCUGGCUGACAAAAAGUGUGCUCAGGAUCAGAGGAUUUCCGGGAUCCUCGUCAAGAGAAACUUCAGCUAUCACAUCCUGACACCCUCCGACCUCUCCGACUACACAGAUCUGUGUAUGGGCACAGUGAAGCAGACCCAAGCCAUCCCAUACAGCGGACCCAUCUCCCUGCUGGUCAGCCAGCUACGAAGCCUCGCAGGAGACGUGGAGCAGGUGGAGGGAGCAGAGAAGAUCACCGUCAGGAUCUUUAAGAGCAUCACUCUGGUUCACGAGGCCGGCAUGGUGCUGCUGGAGUGGAUCGCCAACCCGCUCAACGACAUGUACGCCGACGCCAUCACCACAGUGAUCCUGGAGGUCCAGUCCAACCCCACAGCCCAGAAAUUUAUUGAAGGCAGGAAGGAAACCUUCGACAUGGAGCUGUUUGUCGAGAGACUGGAGCUCAUGCUGCACGACAUGUUCGGGGACGACUGUGUGAAUUUCAAAGACGGUAAAAACCUGAGCGUGACGGUGGACGGAGUCACUGCGUUCAUCGACCCAGAGACCAGAUCUGUGACCUGCACAGAGGACGAGUCUCUGAGGGAGAUGGUGGAGGUCGCCAUCCAUCGACUCUACGACGCUCUCAGCCCCGCCUUCUCCCCGCGCCCGCUCUGUGAUGUCAGCAGCAGCAACACCUUGUCAUCAGUGAUGUAGAUGAUGAUGAUGAUGAUGAACUGAUGUUUGCCUUCUUGGUAACACUUUAAGUCCCUGUAUUGAUCACCAAUAAUCAGUAUAUAAAGAUGAUAUGUGGUUUCUGUAGCUGUCAUCAGAUCAGUGUUUGUUUGUGAACAGCACAUCAGUGGAGGCUGCUGUAUGAACAUAAUGACAUAGAACAAAUACUGAACAUUAAUAAGCACCUAUUCAACAUGUUUUUAUAUCUGCUAACAGACAUUAUACUCUGUUAUAAACCAUUUAUUUCUUUAUAUACUGGUAACAAAGGCUUAACACAGGGACUUUAAUUGAAGUGUUAUGAGCUUCUUUAACAAAGACAAACUCUUUGUUGGAAACAUGAUUCCAAAGGAAUCAGCUUCAGGAGACGGACCACCAAUAAUUGUUGUUAUUGUUUUUGUACUUGAUUUGUCUAUGAAACAAAUGUCAUGUCACAAUUUGUUUUCUUUAUGAGGAAAAUAAAUAUUUGUCCAGUGAGA